GUCAUAUCUCACUCGAUGAUAUCUGAUCCAUGGAUGAACAUAAGGACAGAGUGUUUCUUAUCACAGGGUCCAGUUCCGGUAUUGGUGAAGGCAUUGCUGUCUAUCUCGCCAAGAGCGGGGCAGGACUGUCCUUGACUGGAAGGAAUAGGGCUAAUCUAGAGACGGUGAAAGAUAAAUGUUUGAAGGAGGGUUUAUCGUCAGACAAGAUUUUCAUCUCCGUGGGUGACAUAUCUUCGAAUGAUUUUAGAAAGACACUCGUGGAACAAACAAUUGGACAUUUUGGAAAACUUGAUGUUCUAGUAAACAAUGCUGGUAUGGGGAGGCCUAUGCCAAUUUCGACGGAAACGGAAGAAAACUUUGAUGAAAUUAUGAACGUCAACAUCAAGUCAGCGUACUUUCUAACACAGUUGGCAAUACCAUAUCUAAAGGCCACAAAAGGUUGCAUCAUUAAUAUAUCAAGUGCAUUGUCUACUCUCACAUCGAAGAACCCUGGACAUUGUUCUUAUUCCAUGUCCAAGGCAGCCAUGGAUGCUUUCACUCGAGGAUUAGCACAUGAGUUAGCGCCCUUUGGAGUGCGAGCAAAUACUAUAAGGCCUGGACUCACACAUAGCAAUUUUCUGAGACGUGAUAACGUUCCUGGUUUAGGAGAUGAAGAAUCAUACAAUAAGUUUAUUGCUACAAGUGCAAAAGAGAACCCGUCUAGGCGGAUCGGGGAGCAGGAAGAUGUAGCCUCGGUAGUUUCUUUUUUGGCCUCUGAAAAAGCAUCAUACAUCAAUGGAGAAGAUAUUGUGGUAGAUGGUGGACUUCAUAUUCUGUACUAGAAAUUACUGUCACUGCAGCUUCAAAAAAUUAGUGGAGGAUAAUUUAAAAAAAAUAUCUUUUGAAUUGAGACAAAUAAAGUACGCAGCAACAAAAUUUUACAUUUAAAAUGUUCAGAACAAAUGUAAGUUCUUAACAAGUUCAUGAUAAAACCUGAAAAACUCUCUUAAAUAGAGAUGUAAUUUAACUACGGUUGGCAAUUUGUUACCCUUUAACUUGAUUACUCAGUUGGAAUGAUCGUAAUCGAUUAGAAAAUCUGUAACUGAUUAGGCAAAUAUAUAUACAUAUAUACUAGUAUACUACCGAUUAGUGUGUGUGUGUGUGAAUUUGAUCGCAAUUUUCUUAAACUUUAAUUUUGAAAAUACUAAGUAUGCAUAAACAUAAAUAAGUAAGUGUUUUUCAAAUGUUUACCAUAAAAACAAGUUAAGAGUUUUUGGAAAAUAUGUACAUAAAAGUUUUUGAAAAUAUUGUUUCUUAAAGAAAAAGAUUUCAGCAUA